GUGCCGGCUGUGGGUGCCGUUCCUCGCCCGCGCCGACCAUCGUCUGUUCCCUCGCACCCCGAUAUCCAAGCCGAGCCCAAAAUGUCGUGGGUUCCCAACAACUUUGACAUCAGGAAGCACCCGUUCUUCGCCACCAAUGUCCUGGAGGCGAGCUGUGUCGCCGAGGCCCUCAAGGCCACCGGCACCGGCCUGGUGCUCGGCUCCGUGCUCGGCGCCUCAGUAGGCUGGUGGACUGCCGCCCCCACGAAUGUCGUCGUCCGCGAUUCCUUUGCGCGAUCUGGACUGAUGGGUGCUGUCUUUGGAUCUGCAUACGGAGCAUAUUGCGCAUCGGCCCACAUUCGCCACACCGACGACUGGCUCAACGCGUCGAUCGCCGGUGCUGUCGCUGGCUCGAUCUUUGGAGUCAAAGCCGGCUCCAUCCAGAAGGUUGUCUUCCACGCCGCCGUCCUCUCGGUCUUUUCCGGACUGUCUUAUGCCGGAGUCAAGCAACAGACCAGCGUCAAGGGCCUGAGCUUCCCGGAGCUGCACGAGCGAAACAGCCAAGGCGCCCAUGCGCUGCCCAGGCCGGACCCUUAUGCCGAGCGCAUCGAGGAAAUCCGAAAGCGCGAUGCAGCCAAGGCCGAAUAAUCCCACUGCGCACGCCAUCUGUCCUAAUUGCAAAUAUAAUUGCCCUUCGUCCGGCC